AUGCUAUCGACUUUCACCUUAGACCAAGUUGCGGAGCAGUCUACUGACAAGAGCGGGCUGAUUGUGAUCGAGGGAAAGGUCUACAACAUUACGGAUUACAUGGCAAAGCACCCCGGCGGCGACGAUAUACUAGCAGAGGUCCUUGGCCAGGAUGCUACCGAGGCAUUCCACGAAGUAGGACACAGCAAGGGCGCUCAAGCCCAACUCGAAGCCCUUCUUGUCGGGGUGCUCAAGAUUGAACCAAAGACACAAACCAAACCGGAUUCUCGCGGCUGGAUAUUGCUGGUGCCCUACUGGAAGGGCAUCGUAGAGGUUGCCAUGUUGUUUCUCCUGUCCUCAGUUGCUGUUAUCUUCUUUCAAGUCAAGGCGUCGUCAUCAGCACAACGUUAG